ACAUCCUCGCUAGGUGAGUUGUUUCUGCGGUCAGGUAGAGCUGCGCGGCUGGGUCGUCGCGGGAUUGUACUCUACGGCAGCGGCCCUCGCAGAGAGAGUCUGUGAAACCCUCGCUGCUAGUCCCUUCUACCACCAUUCACCAACAUGGCAACUCCAGUGGACAGCGGUGAUCAAAAUGAGAAUUCAAGGGAAGAAUCAACGAAAUGGACAAAAUCUCAGAUUUUCACACUGGUAUCUACAGCAUCAAUAAACUUCAGCUCCAUGGUUUGUUAUUCAAUUCUAGGACCUUUCUUUCCAAAAGAGGCAGAAAUUAAAGGAGUCAGCGCCAGUAUUGUUGGAAUGAUAUUUGGUUGCUUUUCUUUAUUCAAUUUAAUAUUUUCACUGAUAAUGGGAAAAUAUAUUGUGCAAAUUGGUGCAAAAUUUAUGUUUGUAACUGGUAUGUUUAUUUCCGGUUGCUGCACUAUUCUCUUUGGCUUACUGAAUUUGGCACCAGAUGGACCCAUAUUUAUUUCUUUGUGUUUCAUCGUAAGAUCAGUAGAUGCAAUUGGGUUUGCUGCAAGUUCCACUGCCUCGUUCUCUAUUCUUGCUGCAACUUUUCCAAACAAUGUUGCUACAGUCUUGGGAUCUCUGGAAGUAUUCACCGGACUUGGCCUAUCACUGGGUCCACCAAUUGGAGGCUAUUUGUAUCAAUUAUUUGGAUAUCAGAUUCCUUUUGUUAUGCUGGGAUGUGUGGUUUUAUUAAUGCUACCUUUGAACAUGUGCAUUUUACCAAGAUGCGAUGGAGUUGCCAGUAAUUCCAGUUUAUGGAAGCUGAUUUUAAUCCCUAAAGUAACUUUAAUGUCCAUGAUUAUAUUUUCCAUAAGUUCAUGUAUUGGAUUCCUGGAUCCCACAAUAUCACUGUUUGUUAUUGAUAAGUUCAAAUUAAGUACUGGAUUUGUGGGACUGGUAUUCCUGGGGCAUUCUGUGACUUAUGCAGUAUCUGCCCCACUUCUUGGAUAUCUGUCUGAUAAAGUACCUAGAAUUAGAACAGGGCUGGUGUUUGUUGGAAGUUGGAUGAUUGCAUUGAGCUUUCUGUUAUUGGGGCCAGCACCCAUUUUUCACAUUAAGAGCCAGCUGUGGUUGUUUAUUUUAAUGCUGAUGGUAACUGGGUUUUCACUUAGUUUGUGUGGCAUUCCCCUUUUUCCAGAAGUCAUUACCUGUGCUUAUGAAAAUGGAUUUGACGAAGGACUAGGCACUUUAGGUUUAGUGUCUGGAUUAUUUGGAGCAUUUUGGUGUCUUGGAUCAUUUGUAGGACCAACACUGGGCGGAUACUUGUAUGACAGAUUAGAUUUUGAGUGGGCUGCAGCUGUGCAAGGAGGUUUUCCAUUUCUCUUUGGUACGUUAUUGGGUGUGUACUUAAUAGUGGAAAAGGUGCGCAAAAGGUCACAUUCUGGGAGCAACACAGAAGAAGAAGCAGAACAACUAUUAUCAAAUUGAAUGUGGAAGCUUUGAAUAUUUACAUGCACUACAGUCUUUCUGGAGAUCAUUUUUUAAUUAUUAGGAUAUCCACAAACCGACAUAGUGAGCAACUUCACGUGUUUGGACUAUUUACAUUGCUUGUUAUUUCUUCUAUUUGAUAAUUAAAUUUAAAUAUUUUA